CCACUGUUAGCUAGCUCUCUUAGUCUUCUUCGCCACAUCUUGCUCGCACAGCUUCUCUGCUUCCUCGUGACCUCGACACCUCGUCCGCUUGCCUUUCUGAGCUCUCGCCGGUGCAGUUCGUUGUAGCGCCAGCUGGUGGUAUACUAGCUAUACUACUAGCCAGCAGCUUCGAGAGAUCCAUGGGCAACUGCAGCUGCCUGGAGCGGGCGAGGGUGACGGCGUGGGACGACGACGAAGACUGGGGCCUGCCGGCGGCCGAGCGUUCCGGCGGGGUGCAAGGGGUGGUGUUGCCAGGGAGCGGCGGCGGCGGCAUGCGGGUGAAGAUCAGGAUGACCAAGGGCCAGCUGCGGCGGCUGCUGGAGAGCGACGGCCGCGGAGGGGCGUCCGACGAGGACGUCGUGGCGGAGAUCAUGCGCAUGGGCACCGUGCGCGUCGACGUCGCCGAGCUCUGGCAGGCGGCGGAGAGGCACCACCGGCCGCCGCCCAAGCUCGAGACGAUACAGGAGGAUGACGUCGAUGAGUAGAUGAUGUUGGGACCAUAUCGACGUCAUCUGGUGAGAUCGAUCGAGAGAUAUAUGGCCGUGAUCUGCGGUUAAUUUGCAUGCGCCCGCACAUCUUUAUUUAUUAAUUUAUUUAUUUAUUUUAGUUUAGCACAUCUUUAUGUUGCCUUGUA